AUCACAAGGGAACAAUGUCAACAUAAAUUAACUCCCAAAAUUUGAAAAAAUCUAUUAAGAACUGAGAAUGGAAAACGAAAAAAAAAAAAGAAGAAAAACCUGGUGAACUUAACAAACAAAGGAAGGCUUCAAUGGAACCAAGCCUGUGUUCAAUGGAACCCAAAAUAGUUGGGUCCAUCGAACCUAGAUGAAAAACUUGUUGAAUGUAGAUAAGGCUCCACUAAAAUUCUUCACUCGUUCUUUGUCAUCUAAUUAAAUUUAAUAAACAAACACAAAUGAAUCCAAAUUGCAAAAUUUCACAAGAACUAUCUGGCAUUAAUGGUUGCCCCUUGGUGAACCAAUAAGAGGUUCAUUAGUUGAAAUACUGAGUGCAAUAUUCAAGAGCUUUUUGAAGUCUCCUUAACAAUUAGACAUAUGAUUAGUAGCAACUAUGUUUGUAUCAAACCGUAUCAAAUAGUAGGCACUGUAGGAAACUGGACACAUCUCUUUAAGUUACUGUAGAACUGUUUCUCGAAGGAAGAGAAGCCAAGAUUGAUCUGGGUAUGGAACCCAGUAGAUCUAGGGUUCCAUUAAAUCGAGCGGUUGGGUUCGAUGGAACCCACAUCAGCUAGGUCUAUCAAACCCAAAAGUUAGGUUCGAGGAAACCCAGUAGAUCUGGGUUCCAUCAAACCUAGAUUAGCUGGGUUCACCAAACCCAGUUGCUGGGUUUCAUUGAACCCAGCUUUUGGGUUCGAUGGGUUCCAUGGACCUAGUUAAUUUAGGUUCGAUGGUUCCACCGAACCCUAGUUGUUGGGUUCCAUUCCACCAAACCCAGCAACAGGAAAGAAGAAGAAAGAGAAAGAAAGAAGAAGAAAGAUGGGGAAGAAGAUGGAUCGGGAAAGAGAGGGUAAUAUUGUAAUUUUAUUGUUUUUUAUUUAUUUUUAUUAAAAAUAUAAAUAUUAAUAUGAUGUGGCAUUUUUAUUUGUCCCCAUAACUUAAUUAUAAGACAUAUCAUUGCCACAUCAUCAAAAGAACUAAAAGAAAAUGCCUUUUGAAAUUAGUUAACUACCACGUCACAGCUAACUGAUAGAAGGACCAAAAUUGUGCACUUCUUAGAGUUAAAAAAUCAAAAAAGUGCAAAAAUUUAAGGGAUCAAAAAAGUGCAACUCCAUAAAGUUGAGGGACCAAAAUUAGUAUUUAACCUUUCUGGAAUGCUCUUUUUAGGGUUUUUGUGUUUGGGUAUAAAUAGAGGGCUUUAGGUUAGAAAUGGAGGAAGGGGGUUCUUUUGGUUGAGUUUGGUGUUGAUGGUGGAGAAAAGGAGGGAUUUUUCUAGAAGGAGUAUAUUUUUUUGUAAGGAGAUUGUCAAGGUUGCGCAAGGGAUUUCAUUUCUGGAGUGGUUAUCGUUAGGUAUACCUUUUGAUAGAGAAUUUUUGUUAGGAAAAUGGUGAAGGAGAUGGUGGAAGCUUGAUCUUGUGGCUGGGAUUCCUUCCAUCAGAUCCAGAUCUAUUUUUCUUUCAAAAAUUCAUCGUGUUUGUUUUUAUUUUCUUGUGGGUGUUUGUUCUUUUUAGAUCUGAUAUUAAGAUUGUAUGUGUUUCAUUGGAAAAAUGAAUGAAAAAAAAAAUUGUUC